AUGCAUACGCUCCAGGCCACGGCUUCUUCGUCCCUCUCCCUAGCGGAGGGAAACUACAUCUACUCGAUUGCACCGGCAUCUCCGGGAUCGUUUGCCGCUAUCUCCUCGGAUGACUCUCUCCGCGUGUUUGAUGCCGCGGGUCUCGCUCGUGUGUCGGUCGUUGCAGCCGACACCCACACGGGAGUCACGUCGCUGCGGUCGUAUAGCGUGGACCAGCAAUUGCUGGCGACGGGCGGCAGGGAUGGGAAGGUGAAGCUGUGGGAUCUCCGGAGUGGAAAGAAGAACUCGGCGGUGAUGGAGGUCGAAACAUGUAAGUUGCGAAGCCCCCGUAUUGUCGGUAGCUUGUUGCCCCCAGACCAACAGCCUCGUUGCGGGAACCGAGCUGGUCUCCUCCCAGGCCAUCGUUCAGUUCUGAUCCCCCGGCCAGCCCAGACUCCACUUCAAUACCACCCGACCCGGCCUGAUAUCUUUCUCUCGGGGAGCACGGACGGCCUUGUCAACAUUUACAACACAACCAUCGCCGACGAGGACGAUGCCCUAGUGCAGGUCAUCAACCACGGCUCCGUGCAUCAUGCCGGCUUCCUUACCGAGAAGACCAUCUACGCGCUCAGCCACGACGAGGUGUUCUCGAUCCACCCGGCCACCGACCCGGACGAACAAACACAGGAGCCCGAUCCCGUGCAGUUCGGCGACCUAAGACAGCCUCUGGACUGCGAGUACAUCGCGCAGCUCUGCAUCGGCAGUCAGGGGCCGUACAUUGCCGCCGGGAAUAAGAUGGACAAACGAUUGGACCUGAUUCCGCUCGUCGCGGACCCGACUUGGCGAUUCGACCAGGAGAAUCUCUGGCGUUUGCCGGGCGGCCAUGGCGAGGAGGUUGUGCGGUCUGUGUAUCUGGACGAGCAGUCGGUCUUUACCGGUGGUGAGGAUGGGUUCGUGCGGGUGUGGAAGGCUGGUGGAGAGGAGAUGGAGACAGAGUCACCAGUGAAGGCAUCGCGACCAGAGAAGAAGAAUAAGGAGAAGGGGAGGUUUAGACCGUAUUAG